GCCUCACCAUUCCCCCACUCCUUUAAAGCUCGCACCAUCUAUCUCCUUUCUCCUCCUCAUCACCUCAACCAAAGCAAAACGCUCAACUUUUCCAAUAAGCAUCAAUGUCCAUUCUAGAUGUAGGGUUUCUUCUCAUCGUUUUCUCCUCUCUAAUCCCCUCCUUUUACUCUCAGCUCUGUUCCGCGCCGUCCUCCUUCCCCUCACACCCGACCUUUUCGGCCUGCAAUGAUCUUCCUACGUUGUCAUCGUCCCUCCACUGGACCUACGAUGCCGAGAACGCCACCCUCUUCUUCGCCUUUACCGCGCCGCCCGCCGGAGAGGCGGGGUGGGUUUCGUGGGCGAUAAAUCCCACCGGCGUCGGCAUGCUUGGCUCGCAAACCCUUAUUGCUUACCGUCAGGAUGAUGGAAAGAUGGGAGUGCAGACGUUCAAUAUUACGGAUUAUGCCAUUAAGCCAUCUCCGAUCGAUUUCGCGACGGCCGAUCUGGCGGCGGAUUUCGUCGGCGGGGUGAUGAGGAUCUACGGUAAGAUGUUUCUAACAAAGGGGACGACGGUAGUGAAUCAGGUGUGGCAGGUUGGGGCGGCGGUGAGUAAUCGAAUCCCUGUAAAGCAUGAAUUCACUCCAGCGAAUAUGAAUUCGAAGGGAAAACUUGAUUUGAUUCGAGGGCAGAGCACUGUUACUCUGGAUUCUACCACCAGGAAUAGAAACAUACAUGGAAUACUGAAUGCAGUAAGUUGGGGUAUUCUGCUUCCAAUUGGGGCAAUCUUUGCAAGAUAUUUGAAGAUUUUCAGGUCAGCAGACCCUGCAUGGUUUUAUUUCCAUGUUGCUUGCCAAACAAUUGGAUAUGGUGUAGGUGUUGCUGGAUGGAGCACUGGUCUCAAACUUGGAAGCAAGUCUAAGGGCGUUCGAUAUACUGAUCAUCGCUACAUUGGGAUCACACUCUUCGCCCUUGGCACCUUGCAGAUCUUUGCCCUGCUCUUAAGACCAAAUAAGGAUCACAAGUAUCGUUUCUAUUGGAAUAUCUACCACCACUCAAUAGGUUACACUGUCAUCGUUCUAGGCAUCAUUAAUGUGUUCAAAGGUCUGAGCAUCUUGGAUCCUGAGAACCAAUGGAAGCUUUCUUAUAUUAUCUUCCUCUGCGCCUAUGGCGCCAUUGCUCUGUUGUUGGAAAUUGUCACCUGGAUUGUAGUGUUGAGGAGGAAAUCUCAUAAAUCCACAAAACUCUAUGAUGGUUCUAAUCCUUCAAAUGCCUGAUUGCUUUUAAGGUUUGUAUUACCUCUGUUCUUUUUUGUUCUUUGAAUCUUUCAGGGAUCAGCCAUUGUUUUCCUUAGUUUCUUCUUUUCUGCUUUCUCUUGUGCCCUUGUAAUAAAUAGUAGGAAUUUGUCCAACUGGUUUGUCCUUUGAUGCGAUAUACAAAUUAAUGUGAAUUUAUGCUCCAGAAAUCA